AUGGUGGUGACAGGCGACGGUGGAUCCUGGGCCGGCGAGACCCCAGCGGCGGAGGGAGGAACUCAAGGCCAGCAGCGCAUGGACGACGCCUGUCUCUCGUCUCGCUGGCUGGCUGGCUGGCUGGCUGGCUGGCGGUCGCUGGUCGCCGGAGUCUUGUCGCAGGCGGUUGACCUGAGGAGACGAGGAAGCCAGCUGAGAGAGAGCAAGCAGAGAACAACAACCAGAGAAGAGACAGCAGAGAGUCAAGAGUCAAGAGUCAAGAGUCAAGAGGAAGAAGAAGAAGAGAAGAAGACAGUAAGAGAGAGAGAGAGAGAGCGAGAGAGCGAGAGAGUGACGAGAGUAAAGAGAGAGAGAGAAAGAAGAGAAAAAGCAAGGAAAAGGCGGGCUGUUAGAGAAGAAGAAGAUGUAAGAGAAGAUGUAAGAGAAGAUGUAAGAGAAGAGAAGAAGAGAAGAGAAGGGAGAGACAGGGAAGACGACGAGAUCUUGCUCCUCAGUCCUCAUUCCUCAGUCCUAGCUGAGCUGGCCGUUUCAGCCUUGGGCCAGGACAGGCCGCUCGCUCAUCCUCUAGUAUCCUCCGGUCUAUCCUCUGGUCUAUCCUCCGCUGCUCAUCUGCCUCUUCUCUCCUGCUUCUCUCUCCUGCUUCUCUCUUCUCUCCUCUCAAUGGACGCGGCUGCUGCACCUGAAACAUGGAGGUUCUCCUGCACCGUCCCGAGCUGCCUCGCUGCCUCGCUGCCUCGCUGUCCCCCUUAA